UAUGGAAUGUGGCUGUUUGUGGUUGGACUUCCAGGAUUGGCUCCUCGAACUCCUCUUGUAAUAAAGCACGGAGGUGCAAGAGAGCUACAUGUGUACCCAUCCCCACCAUCACGCAGGCUUUGGGGUCACGGCACAACGUUGCACCUGACCCUUCCUGCGACUUCAGCCCAGAUCUACUAAUACACAAAUAAUGGAUCUGCUACUAGCUGAUCUACUAAUAUCUGUUUGGCACCUUCAUCAAGCCUCCAGAGCUCACAAUCCAAAGAAGACAACUCACACAAAACAGAACCAAAAACCACAACAAAACAAAAUCUAUUGUCAACAUGAAGCUCUCUUCUGCCUUUGCUACGGCAUUCCUUACACUUUACUGUGUGCAGGCUUUCCCCACUUCCAACUUUAUGCAACCCAGACCAAGCUUUGUAACUACUCUUCAGCAAACUUCCCCCUUACGUGCAUCAUCCUCUGGGGACGAGUCAUCAUCCGUAGUAGAGGAAGGACCAAAACAAGGUUGGUUUGGACGCAUUUUCCGCCGAAACAGAAAGUUGGAAAAACAAAUCAAAGACAAGAGCGAGGAAAUCAAUGCCAUAGCCAAAGCCAAGGCCGAGGAAAUCAAGGCCAAAGCAACCGACCGGCUUGUUACCUUGGAAGAAAACUUGGAACAGGCAAUCCAAAAAGAAACAGAUGAAAUCAUCAACCGCAUCGCCCUCGAUGUGCUGACCCUCGUGGGGGGUCAUUGGGACGUUUCUGUUAUUACCAGCAAUCAAAAGGACACCAAGGACAUUAUGGAGGGACGUGUCAAUGAUCUUGCGAAUGAGCUUGUUGAGAUGGGUGCGACUACCGGUGGCGAAGGAGAUAUCAAAGAAGCGUUGCGCAAUAGUCGACUCAAGAUCAAACAAACGUUUGAUGGAUCGGACUCACCCCUUCGGGUUCAACAGGAAGUUUUCCUUGGAGCAAGGCGUGUCAUCCAAGUGUUUGGCAAACUCCAGUUUGACCUCCUAGAGCACAAGGCUCUCUACGCUUUAGAUGAACUGGUUGUCCUUGGAACAGCUGUAGACUUGGACAAAAUCGUUGUGGUCACAACAGCAACAGAAGCCCAGGAGGAGGAACAAGCCACAGAGGUAGUGGUGGAGCCCGAAAAUGAUGAUGAAGCUGCAAAAGAGGAAUCAUGAGUGAACGAACUUUAAUCCACUUUGGAAACUGAGGGAGCUGUCGGAGGUGAAGGCGGGACGCUUGUUGGAGAUAAAGCAGAGUUUGAUGUCGAGGAAGCUUUGGGGAAUCAAUGAGCAACAAUAACUUCCCUACUCUGAACCCCCUUGCCUACUAAAGAGCAACAAGGUUGAAACUUUAGAUCAAAUACUACAGCGUAACCAGUCGAGUUACGGUAGGAUAGUUUAGUGCUCGCUAUUGGCU